AUGGAGCCCCCUGACAGCUCCGUGCAGAGCCCCGACCUGGUGUCAUUAGAAUUAACCGUGGAAAACGUCGAAACGGUAAGUUGUCGAACUCAUACAGUGCGUGACAGAGAAGUGGUUCGUUUGAUGCAGUAGGCUACCAACAAUGACAGCUCUCAUUCAGUCUGAAAGCAAUUUGUUCUUCUCAGUCAAAUCUUUCUAAAUAUCUCAUCAGCAUUGUGGUUUUAUGCUAUGUGACAAUGAUAAUUAGCCCUCCAUAUUAUUUACCAAAUAGCCUAAAUAGGCUACACAGGUGUAGGCAUAUUGGUUGACAGUUGGAAAAAUGCACAGACUAAUUACAAUGGAAUUUUGACCUUUAACAAAUAGGCUACAGAAUAGCUUUUGAAUUCAUAUUUCACAGGCAAUGGGCAGUUCAUAUGGUGUAAACUAGUUCAAUGGGCUAUAGAAGGAAGGGGGCUGUUGUAAUAUGAUAUCAGUUACAAACAUACUGUGCUAAUUAUAACCACCACCAUGUGCUUGGGAUUAGUUGCCGUUAGCAACAGCACUCAGACUCAUGCAGAGUUGGCCAUCCUGUGUGCUUUGGAGGCUGCUACACUACACCCCUUAUCAUUCCUUAUCAGUGACAUUUAUGCCUUCAAGGACACAUUGUAUGAUAAGGACUCCAGACACUUUUUAAUUUCCCUCCCUAAUGUAAAUUAAAUGAAUUGAAUUGGAAAUGUCCUCUCCUAGGCCCUCCAGCAACUGUACUAUGACCCAGACAUGGAGCAUAAGAAUGUGGCCCAGAAGUGGCUGACUCAGGCCCAGACGUCCCCUCAGGCCUGGCAGUUCUGCUGGCCUCUGCUCAGCCCAGACAAGGUCUGCUCCACAGCCCUAUCCUACAACCUCCCCUCUACUUUCUACACACCCUGUUGUGUAGUGAUCAUUCCUUUCCUGCCUGUAUUUCACUCCAUGACCCCACUCAUAAUAACCCUGUAUAACGCUGUAUUCUUCUUACUAUUACACCAUUUUCAAAACAGCUUCCUGAGAUCCAGUUCUUUGGCGCCAGCACCCUCCACACCAAGAUCGCCCGUCACUGGGCCGACCUCCCCACAGACCAACACGAGACACUGAAGAUGCAGCUCCUUUCCCACAUCUCCCACUUCUCCUCUGGGCCCAAGAUGGUGCUGACCAGGCUGUGUGUGGCCCUGGCCUCCCUGGCCCUCCACACCAUGCCCCAGGCCUGGCCCCAGGCUGUGACUGACAUGGUCAGGGUCUUCCAGCCAGAGAAGGUUGGGGAUCAGGGCGGAAGUCAGGAUGGGGCUGGGGUUGGUGGAGGAGAUGGGGCAGAGGAGGAAGUGAACACCCACGCACACUGCCUGGCCCUGCUGGAGCUCCUCACCGUGCUGCCAGAAGAGUUCCAGAGCUGCCGGCUGCCCCAGACCCGUCGUGCCCAGCUGAGAGAGGCCCUGGCUGGGGAGUGGACGGCGGUAUGUCCCCUGCUGCGCCAGCUGCUCCAGAGACAGGAGGGUAAUAACCAGGUGAAGGAGCGGGCCCUACGGUGCUUGUCUAGCUGGGUGGGACUGGAUGUUCCUCUGCAUGGGGAGAGCGAGGGGCUGCUGCAGGACUGUUUUGCUGCUCUCUCCGACCCAGAGCUGUUUGACAGUGCCGUGGAGACCAUUGUCAGCUCUAUAUCCCAACCUGACUGCCAGAGGUGAGGCUCUGUCGCAGGCUCUGUCGCAGCCGGCCGCGACCGGGAGACUCAUGGGCGGCGCACAAUUGGCCCAGCGUCGUCCAGGGUAGGGGAGGGAAUGGCCGGCAGGGAUGUAGCUCAGUUGAUAGAGAAUGGCGUUUGCAACGCCAGGGUUGUGGGUUCGAUUCCCACGGGGGGCCAGUAUAAAAAAAUAUGUAUUCACUAACUGUAAGUCGCUCUGGAUAAGAGCGUCUGCUAAAUGACUAAAAUGUAAAAUGUAAAUGUAAAUGUAGGUGAGAUAGACACACACACACAUGGUCAGACAGACAGACAGACAGACAGACAGACACACACACACACACACGCAAGCACACACACACACACACACACACACACACACACACGCACAUGAGCACUUUGAUAAUGAGUUGUGUUGAGAUGCAUUAUAUUGACUCUGCAUGCAUUCGUGUGUGUGUGUUCAGAUACACUGAUGCUCUGGUGAACUUGAUGCCCCUGGUGCUGGGUCUCCAUGACCAGCUGAAAGCCGCAGCGAGGGACGGAGACAUGGAGACCUCCCAUGGCAUCUGUCGCAUCGCUGUCGCUCUGGGGGAAACACACUCCAGGUACACACACCUUUAGGUUAGGGCUAGGGCUAUGUUAGUGGAUAGUUAGUUUGCUAACUAUCUAACUAAAGUUUGAACAUCUAUGAACCAUCUGUGGUGUUAGUAUUAAGUGAUAACCAGUUUUCUUGGCUUAUUAUUGACCUGUUUCACCUGGUCUCCCUGGGUGUGGCUUUGUGGAACAGGACUCUUCUGGAACAGGUGGAACACUGGCAAGGAUACCUGGCCCUUGUCAACAUGAUCCUGUUCUGUACUGGCAUCCCCGGGCACUACCCAGUCAACGAGACCACCAGCUCCCUCACACUCACCUUCUGGUACACUCUGCAGGUAUGUACCCUACACCCUAACACCUACACCCUAAUACUGGACACUACCCAGUAAACAAGACCACCAGCUCCCUGACAUUUUGGUACACUCUGCAGGUAUUGGUGUAGGGUUUGGGUUUGGGUUAGUGGUUAAACCUACAAUGCUGGAGAGGAAGUACCUAUUCUGUACAUUGUAGUAUGGCCACUUCCUGAUGGCUACUUCCUGUGGUUCCAGGAUGACAUCCUGUCAUUUGAGGAGGACAAGCAGGUGGUCUACCUGCAGGUCUACAGACCAGUCUACUUCCAGCUGGUGGACGUCCUGCUCCACAAGGCCCACUUCCCCUCAGAGCAGGACUACACUUCCUGGUCCUCAGACGACAAGGAGCAGUUCAGGAUCUACAGGUAAACAGGAAGUCUACUUUUACAGAAGGGAUGGGAGUUGUAGUCCUUGGAGGAGCUCUUUGAUUUUCACUUGAGAAUGUACAUUAUUUGACCCAAUAUUUUUUUAUACGAUUAUGUUAUGCUUUAUCCAACACUAGUUUAUAGUCGACAGAUCUGUUGAAUGUUUUGACCAAAGUAUUUCAUUUUCAGUCAGAAUAGAGCGCCCAGGGCACAUUGUGAUUAUACUGUAUGUGUUUUUUGUGUGGUAGAGUCGACAUAUCAGACACUCUGAUGUAUGUGUACGAGAUCCUGGGGGCGGAGCUUCUCAGUAACCUCUAUGAUAGACUGGGCCGACUACUGAUGGACACGGAGAGACCAGCAGCAUGGCAGGUCAGUACAGUCACCAAUUUACAUAAAUACAGUACUCACAUACAAAGACAUAUGUACACUACCGUUCAAAAGUUUUGGGUCACUUAGAAAUGUCCUUGUUUUUCGAAAGAAAAGCAAUUUUUUUGUCCAUUAAAAUAACAUCAAAUUGAUCAGAAAUACAGUGUAGACUAUGUUAAUGUUGUAAAUGGCUAUUGUAUCUGGAAACGGCAGAUUUUUUAUGGAAUAUCUACAUAGGCGUACAGAGGCCCAUUAUCAGCAACCAUCAGUCCUGUGUUCCAAUGGCACAUUGUGUUUGCAAAUCCAAGUUUAUCAUUUUAAAAGGCUAAUUGAUCAUUAGAAAACCCUUUUGCAAUUAUGUUAGCACAGCUGAAAACUGUUGUGCUGAUUAAAGAAGCAAUAAAACUGGCCUUCUUGAGACUAGUUGAGUAUCUGGAGCAUCAGCAAUUGUGGGUUCGAUUACAGGCUCAAAAUGGCCAGAAACAAAUAACUUUCUUCUGAAACUCGUUAGCCUAUUCUUGUUCUGAGAAAUGAAGGCUAUUCCAUGCAAGAAAUUGCCAACAAACUGAAGAUCUCGUACAAUGCUGUGUACUACUCCCUUCACAGAACAGCGCAAACUGGCUCUAACCAGAAUAGAAAGAGGAGUGGGAGGCCCCGGUGCACAACUGAGCAAGAGGACAAAUACAUUAGAGUGUCUAGUUUGAGAAACAGGCACCUCACAGGUCCACAACUGGCAGCUUCAUUAAAUAGUACCCGCAAAACACCAGUCUCAAUGUCAACAGUGAAGAGGCGACUCCGGGAUGCUGACCUCCUAGGCAGAGUUGCAAAGAAAAAGCCAUAUCUCAGACUGCCCAUCUUUAAUCUUUUAUUUUUAUUGGCCAGUCUGAGAUAUGGCUUUUUCUUUGCAACUCUGCCUAGAAGGUCAGCAUCCCGGAGUCGCCUCUUCACUGUUGACGUUGAGACUGGUGUAUUUCUGAUCAAUUUUAUGUUAUUUUAAUGGACAAAAAAAUUGCUUUUCUUUCGAAAACAAGGACAUUUCUAAGUGACCCCAAACUUUUGAACAGUAGUGUAUACAGUGAGGGAAAAAAGUAUUUGAUCCCCUGCUGAUUUUGUACGUUUGCCCACUGACAAAGAAAUGAUCAGUCUAUAAUUUUAAUGGUAGGUUUAUUUGAACAGUGAGAGACAGAAUAACAACAAAAAAAUGAUCAUGAGAACGGUGAGGAAUCAGCCCAGAACUACACGGAUCUUGUCAAUGAUCUCAAGGCAGCUGGGACCAUAGUCACCAAGAAAACAAUUGGUAACACACUACGCCGUGAAGGACUGAAAUCCUGCAGCGCCCGCAAGGUCCCCCUGCUCAAGAAAGCACAUAUACAGGGCCGUCUGAAGUUUGCCAAUAAACAUCUGAAUGAUUCAGAGGAGAACUGGGUUCAAGUGUUGUGGUCAGAUGAGACCAAAAUCGAGCUCUUUGGCAUCAACUCAACUCGCCGUGUUUGGAGGAGGAGGAAUGCUGCCUAUGACCCCAAGAACACCAUCCCCACCGUCAAACAUGGAGGUGGAAACAUUAUGCUUUGGGGGUGUUUUUCUGCUAAGGGGACAGGACAACUUCACCGCAUCAAAGGGACGAUGGACGGGGCCAUGUACCGUCAAAUCUUGGGUGAGAACCUCCUUCCCUCAGCCAGGGCAUUGAAAAUGGGUCGUGGAUGGGUAUUCCAGCAUGACAAUGACCCAAAACACACGGCCAAGGCAACAAAGGAGUGGCUCAAGAAGAAGCACAUUAAGGUCCUGGAGUGGCCUAGCCAGUCUCCAGACCUUAAUCCCAUAGAAAAUCUGUGGAGGGAGCUGAAGGUUCGAGUUGCCAAACGUCAGGCUCGAAACCUUAAUGACUUGAAGAAGAUCUGCAAAGAGGAGUGGGACAAAAUCCCUCCUGAGAUGUGUGCAAACCUGGUGGCCAACUACAAGAAACGUCUGACCUCUGUGAUUGCCAACAAGGGUUUUGCCACCAAGUACUAAGUCAUGUUUUGCAGAGGGGUCAAAUACUUAUUUCCCUCAUUAAAAUGCAAAUCAAUUUAUAACAUUUUUGACAUGCGCUUUUCUGGAUUUUUUUGUUGUUAUUCUGUCUCUCACUGUUCAAAUAAACCUACCAUUAAAAUUAUAGACUGAUCAUGUCUUUGUCAGUUGGCAAACGUACAAAAUCAGCAGGGGAUCAAAUACUUUUUUCCCUCACUGUAUAUCCCAAAGCUAUUUUGUCAUGUUUCUUCCUGUGUGAUUCUAUCUCACUCUCUAGCUUCCUCUUUCUGGGACAUGUUUUCUAUUUUUCUUUUGUAUUUUUCCAGGACACUGAGGCCCUUCUCUUUGGCUUCCAGGCUAUAGCAGAGACCAUAGACGUCAACUACUCUGACGUCAUCCCAGGCCUCAUCGGUCUGAUCCCACGGAUCAGUAUAAGCAACAUUCAGCUAGCUGACACCGUCAUGUACACUAUAGGUGCUAGCCAACAUCUCAAUCCAAUUGUAUUAUCGUUUUCUCUAGCUACCUUUCUGUUUGUUCUGACCCUCCCUCUCUUCCCUACAAUCUCUUUUCCUGUCUUUCUCCCUUUCUCUCUCUGUCUCUUUCCUUUACCCUUUCUCUCUCUGUCUCUUCCCCCCCCCCCCCCCCCCCCCCCCUCUCGCUGUCUAGGUUCUCUAGCGGAGUGGCUGGCGGACCAUCCGGUGAUGUUGGGCAGUGUAUUACCCAUGGUGCUCCAGGGCUUGGUGAAGGCUGAGCUGUCCGUGUCCAGCGUGUCCACUCUGAAGAGGAUCUGUAGAGAGUGUCGUCACGAUCUCGCCCCUUACGCCCAUGACAUCAUGACCGUGUCACAGGUCUCCAUGACAAUAAGAUUCACAAAGCAUGUGAUGAUAGAUGCUGUGUACUGUAGCUCAAAAUGUGUUGCGUGGUAACUGUGCUGUCAGUUCGAUGUUGCUUUGGUUCUUUUAUGACACUCAUGUCAAACAUUCUCUUCCUUUCACAGGACGUACUGGUCAAAGAAAUCCACAAGGUCAGUAUAAAUGAUCAAGUUUUAGACUGUUGCUGCUGAUUGACUGUUUAUUUUUCUGUAAAUAUAGGGAUGGAAUUUAAGACUAUAUUUGUGAAUCCAUGUAUGUGUGUGCAGAGCAGCCAGUGCAUGUGGCUGAUGCAGGGCCUGGGCUUCCUACUCUCUGCCCUGCCAAUGGAGGAGAUCCUGGGCAGCCUGACCACCCUCAUCACCCCCCACAUCCAGAGGCUAGACACACUGGCACACCAGGAGGUAAGAACAAGGAAAUUAUGCUUAUACAGUGCACUUGGUCUAUGCAACCACCCAGUGGCAAUUGUAGCAUGUAAAUGUUGGUGGGGUGUCAUGGAAUAUUCUAAUCAAGUGAGAGAGACUUUGUCAUUUCUUCAAACAAUCAUCUUUAUUCAGUAUCGAUUUAAUUAUUGCAAUAAUGAAGCUGGUCGACCGCACACUCUGAAGUGUGUGUUGCCGAGAGCUCAACCUCACAGACAUGCAGAUCGGGGCAUCAUAAGCCAUCUUGGGUUCGUCUUGCGGUUAUCUGCACCUGGUGCCAUUUUAACCCCACCCCGGCUUAGUUUCCCAGAUGCAAGGAUGAGAACAAACAAUGAAAUGUUAGGCUAGGCUAUCUCUAUCUCGGGUCACACACACCACAUCUUGUCUAUGGAAUGUAGGCUGUAAAUCAAUUGUCAGCUCAAGCUAUCUCUAGUGACAAUACGCCCAGAUUAGCUGCAGGGAGUUAAAGUGGAGACCAUCGCUUUAAAAAACACAGCAGUAGUAGAACAGAAAUGUCUUACUAUUUGUUAAGUAUAUAAUUUAACUAUUACAGUUUUUCUCAUUUGUUUACACACAAAUACUGGUACUUGAGACACAAUGACCACAACAUGUAACUCAUGCACCAACCCCCUGAACCAAUUCUGCUAAACUACAAGCACAAUUCCUGCUUUACACUCAAAUUGCAGUUCUACAACACACUUUUUUCUAAACACUACACACAAAUCUUUGCAUUUGGCACAAUUUUCAUGCAGUUUUUCACAAUGAACACACUGCCAUUCAAAUAUGCACACUGACUCAUCACAUGGGCAAACUCCCGUCACACAGUUUUACAAUUAGCAAUCAGAGCUUUAGCAUAAAAGGGCAACAGGUGACCUCUUCUGUUUUGGAGCAAUGGAUGCCAACAUUGGAAACAGAGGCAGAGCCAGAGGAGUGAGAGUAAGAGGAGGAGGACUGGGAGGACAAGGACAAGGACGAGGACGAGGACGAGGAAGGCCAAGGACCGUAAUCUCUGAUGAGAUCCAAGCCACUUUGGUUGAUCAUGUGGUCAACCAUGGUCUAACAAUGAGGGAGGCUGGGCAAAGAGUACAGCCAAAUUUGAGCAGGUACACUGUAGCAUCCAUCAUCCGGACAUUCCGAAAUGAGAAUAGGUAAGAAAUCUACUCUCACUAGAAAAUUGCAGGACUGCAUAUCAAUACAGUACUCAAUGAGUACAGUAGUACAGUAUUGCCUGUGGACUGUUCUGUAGGACUGUAAAAAUAAAGUAUGUUUCAAGUAUUUGGGAAAUGUAUUUCUACUUUGUAUUUACAGCAUUUUACUAUUUGUUUGGCAGAACUGAAAGAUUACCAACACAAGGUGGUCGUGAACGUGUUCUGUCUCCUGAACAGGAAACUGAAAUCAUGAACAUGGUCCUAGAAAAUAACGGCAUAACAUUACGGCAAAUACAAAGAAAAAUAAUAGAAAACAAUGAGAUAUUUCAAAAUAUUGAUAGGGUAAGCUUAUCAACACUGGACCGUGUCUUGCGCAGAAAUAAUCUCAGGAUGAAGCAGGUCUACAGGGUGCCAUUUGAACGCAAUUCAGAAAGAGUCAAAGAAUUGCGAUAUAACUAUGUGCAAGUGAGUCCUAUACAAUCCCACAAUUGAUGCAUACUCUCAACACUGUAUAAAUUAUACAUAUUUCAGUAUUGUAAUCAUAAUGAUUGUGCUUCACAAUAGUGACCACUCCAUGUCUAUUUCUGAUAUUGACGUGUGUUUCAGAGAGUCCUUGAGCUAGAGGUGGCUGCAGUGGAGCACCAGUUCAUCUUCAUUGAUGAGGUUGGAUUCAACCUCACAAAAAGACGAAAGAGGGGAAGGAAUAUCAUCAGCCAGCUUGCCAUUGUUCAAGUCCCUGGCCAGCGCGGAGGGAACAUCACAAUGUGUGCAGCGAUUACCCACCACGGCGUCAUCCAUCACCAUGCUACCCUUGGCCCCUACAACACCGCCGAUCUGAUCACAUUCCUGGACACCCUACACAACACACUCAUUCCACCAGAUCAGGUAGAUGGCCCAGAGCAGCUCAGGUACGUUGUCAUUUGGGACAACGUACGUUUCCACAGGGCUGCUCUGGUUCGGAACUGGUUCACUGCCCACCUACGCUUUUUAGUUGUUUAUCUCCCUCCAUAUUCUCCAUUCCUCAAUCCUAUUGAGGAAUUUUUUUCUGCCUGGAGAUGGAAAGUGUAUAACCGAAAUCCACAAACGCGUAUACCUCUUCUCCAAGCUAUGGAAGACGCAUGUGGAGAUAUAGCAGCUGAUGCUUUUCAUGGCUGGAAUCGCCAUGCUAGGCAAUAUUUCCCCCGCUGCUUGGCCAGGGAAAACAUUGCUUGUGAUGUGGAUGAGGUGCUGUGGCCAGACCGCAACAGAAGAGAGGAUGCAGGAUGCAUAUUUUUUAUUUUUUUUACUGUAACUGUAUACAUUAAAUUAUUCUGUUUUGUAUGUAGACCACUGUAUGUGCAACUUUGUGUUGGUUGGGAAUGGGAUGUACACUGUGUACAUUGUUUUUGUGGGAAAAAUGAAAUAUAUUUGUUACCGUAUAUUUGUGUGUUCUGAGUAUAAAAACAAUAUUCUCAAAUAUUUUACAACACACUUAUGUAUGUACUGUCUGUAGUAAUGGCAACACUGAACCAAAAAAAGGCCUAAGUCAUUAUGAUGAAUGGAGAAGAAGUGUUUUCCAUUCAUCAUAGUGUUUUACAUUGAGCACAUAAAUGUUCUUAUAAAUGUCUAUUCAUAUGAUGGUUUGUGUGUGUCAUUUGAAAACAAAAUACAAUUUUGAUAAGAAAUAACAUUGUUUUGAAUGUAAAGUUUCAUUUUGCUGGAGAAUUGAGGGGUUUUGCCCAUUGUGUGUGUGUUUUUUGAUUUGUGUGUAGAGUUCUGAGAAUAUGAGGCAUGCUUUCAGAAAAUGUGUGUAAACAAUCGAGAAAAACUGUAAUAUCAAACAAAUCAGGGAAAUACGUAAUUUUUCUCUCACAGGAAAAAAUAUAUAUAAUGGGAUGCAUGCCAGCCAGGCCACUACACAACACAACACUAAACAAUACAUUAAUUGCACUAUAAUGGUGACAAACUGCCCACAAACUGUUAGGGCCUACAUAAAGCUGUCUCAACAGCAGAGUCCCAACAGCAGUCCCACCUUACCACUGCUACACCUGGCUAUCAGCGGAGCCUUGUCUGGCAGCGAAACAGUUCAUUCAGCCUCAUUUACUGCCUUUUAAAAAAACAUAGCUGAUAUGGCUGACUUGCUUAAACAAAUGUGGUUUCUACUGACAAUUGAGAUAUACAAACUAUGGCAUAAGGGUACGACAAGCGGAUAAGAGGCAAUCCGUAAUUUCUAUUAAGACAUUAAUGAGCGAGCCAGGACGGACGUAGUCAAUAUAACUAUUUGUUCAGCACUUUUGAAAUGUACAGCGACAGAAUUCAGAACAUGGGCCGUUUUUACAGUGUUCUCCCUGUACACCAAGUCAGAACUGUAGAAUAAAUAAAGGGGGCAUAUAAGCAGACAAUGAAAGCUCUUACAAUAUUCGAUGAUUACGUUUCUCAAAAACAGGUUAUAGGCUAUAUGUGCACCACCGAGACAGAACAGUAGGCGAAAUUAAGAGGUGGAAAUAGACCAAAUUAUUACGGUGAGGCACAUGGGCUACUAAUAGCUUACUACACAACAUACACUUAGUAUUACUUUCUUAGCUACAGUAUACAUAUCUCCCUGGCAUAAUACAUAAUUUAUGCAGCAGCAUAUAAGACAUUUUUGGACUCACCUUGUUGUGCUGUGCUCACUUGAACAGGAAGGUGGCGCAGCGGUCCUUCGUCGGCAAAUUUUGUCAUCAAAGAAAGAGAAAGAGGCCGGAUUUACAAUUCCGAGUUCGAUGACCGUUCAAAACGUAUUUUCCCAGUCGGAGCUCGUUUAUUCCCGACUUCCCAGUUGCAAUGCUUGCAGUUAGCCACUGUCACCGAUUCCUUCCAAACCACUCAUUGUUGAAUUUGCAAUUUCCAACUUGUUGUGUAAUGUUUAUGUCCAAUGGCCGAUGAGCACCAAUACGUUUUAUUUAUAAUUUCUCUUCAUUAUUUCUCUUCAUAUGACAAGGAUUAAAAAGGAUUUGCCAGUAGAUUGUCAACUUGAUUCAUGAUGAUGACUGCUAGCUAAGAUUUUGAAAGUAAGAUGUUGACAUGAUCAGUCCAAUCAAAGCUACUGUACAUAUAACGUGAUUUGUCGUCAUUUUACCUUGAGCCUUCUUGGAAGGGCACUUCUAAUGUAACUCUAUGGCAGGACCCAAAGGGCUUGAAUUUUCGAUUUAGACUUGGCGGGGACGUAGCGUCCCCAUGAGUGACAGAACACUGAGCCAAUCACGGCGCAACGCUCCUAUUUUCUGCUGGCUUGCCCCACCACCACAGAAAGUACUGAGCUAAGCUGAAACAUCUGCAUUUUGGAGCUGCCUUACUCAAGAAAACAAAAAAGAGACCAUGUUUGUAUGCGGCUUUAUUAACUCAAUUAUAUAUUUUGGGUUUUACAUUGUUUGCAAACUGAUAUGUGACACGUAUUAAUGCCAAAAUAAUAUGCAAAACAGGCAUUUUUUGUUGCUCUGCCCCACCUGUCCUGAAUGACGGGUCGCCACUGCAACCACCUAAAAGAUGCAUGUGUUGUACACAGACUUACAAUACAGUAAAAUACAAUGUAAAUAGGUUCCAUACUGGCCAAAUAGGUCUCUUUCCUGCCUGUUUUAUCCUCCCACCCACUCUUACUGUAACCUUUGCUCCCACUGUAUCUCUGUAUUCAGCUUGUCUUGAUCUAACACUCUCCCUCUCUCUUUCUGUAGCCCAGCCCCACUGCCAAGCUGUCUAUCAUCCACAUCCUGGGUAUGCUGUCCAGUCUGUUCACUACGCUGGACAGCAGAAGGCAGGACGAGGGGUCAGAGGGCACCACCCCAUCUCAGGCCAGGCCCAACCCUGUGAGUUUUCACCCAACUCUGUCUUCCUCACUUUAUUUUGCCCUUUCUCUUUCAUUCUACACUCUCCCACCUUCUCUCAUUCCCUGCCUCCCUCUUUCACUCUCUCUGUCUCAGAACCUCUCUCACCACCCAUAACUACUGUCAUCCUGUUUACUUUGUCUGUGCUCUGUCAGGUGGUAGUAGUCUUACAGGAGGUCUUCACAUUGAUCCAGACCAUCCUCAGCAAGUGGCUCAGUGACUCAGAAGUGGUGGAGGUAAGUAACGUAAUCUAUAUGGUCCUCUGUAGCUCAGCUGGUAGAGCACGGCACUUGUAACGCCAAGGUAGUGGGUUCGAUCCCCGGGACCACCCAUACACAAAAAUGUAUGCACGCAUGACUGUUAGUCGCUUUGGAUAAAAGUGUCUGCUAAAUGGCAUAUUAUUAUUAUAUGUACAUGAGAAUGUUGCAACAUUUAAAUGGGUCUGCAUGUCUAUCUGAAUAUGUACUGUACAUAGUCAUACUGUUCUUCAUUAGCCUGGAAUCCAAACUGAAUAUUGCUCCAUUUCACUAUUGUUUAACUUCUGAAGCAGUAGUGAAAUGGAGUGAUAUUCAGAUUGGAUUCCAGGCUCCGUUUUCUCCCAUAGGCAGUGUGUGGGGUGUUUGAGAGGUCCGUGAAGACCCUCCUCAAUGACUUUGCUCCCAUGGUGAAACAGCUCAGUGAGAUGCUGGGACAGAUCUACAUCGCCUUCCCACAAGCCUCUGCUCUCAACCUCACGCGCCAGGUGGGCCGCCACAGACCAACCAUCCAAAUCAGAUUCAAUGCUCCGCAGGGUCGGGAUCAAUUCCAUUUCAACUCAGAUAAUUCAGAAUAAUUUCCUAAAUUUCAUUGAAAAUACCCCAUAAAAAACAAUGGCUGAAUUGAUAUAGACACUGAUAGCCUGCCUUAAACUUGAAAAAUGUGCCCACAAAUUAUUUCUAUGAAUUACUUGAUCUCUUUCAUUCUAGAUGGUCCACAUAUUUGCGGGUGAGAAAGAUCAUUUCAGCCCCAUCCAGGCCCUUAUUGAGCUGGUCACAUCCACCACCCUCUCUAUCUUCCAGCAAGGUAAGAGGAAGUAAAUUGAGAUUUGAUUCUCACAUCAUCUUCCACAUAUUUCCUAUUUGACAUGUUUUUGUGUGAAAAUCUAUUUUCUCUCUAUCUCUACUCCCUCUGUUUUUCAGGCCCAAGGGAACAUCCUGAUAUUGUUGAGUCAUUCAUGCAGCUCCAUGCCCAGGUCUGUCUGAUUCUUAUAGUCCCAUUCUCUGUCUCAGAGAUUAAAUUCUGGAUAAAUAUUUGUGUAUCUAUGUGUGUGUAUCUCUAGCAUCAUUUAUACCUGGCGCUAACAUGUGUCCUUUGUCAUGAUCUUGUCCACAUUCCUACUGUGCCCACAUUUCUAGACAGAUGUAUAUGAUCACAAUGCAUAUUUUAAUGAUCUACACCUGUCUAAUAAUGUGGGCACAAUCAGAAUGUGGACAACAUCAGGACAAAGGACGCAUGUUAGAACCAGGUAAAAACGUGGCUUAUGUGUGUGUUGUUGACUCCAUAGGCCCUCAAAAGGAAGCCUGACCUCUACCUGUCUGACCAUCAAGAUGUAAAGGCUCUGUUCUACUGCGGUGAGCGACUUUGCCAUGUAACCCACACUGUAAUUCCAAGUGCACUGUAAUGUUGCAGGUGUAUACAACUGGUUCUGCACAAACUCUUUUUCAGGGGUCCUGUCACUCAAGUUCCCGGAGACGCCUACAGCGAAGUCAGCCUGUAUGUUCUUUGUAAGUUAAGUAGGUGUGAUGAUGACACAUUACCAAUUUACUUCACAAAUAGCUUUACCUCAUGAACAGAAGUCAUAAGUCCUCUGUUUAUUCGGCACCCCUCCUGUCAUAUUGUGGCUGUUCCAUACAUCCUUCCCCCUCCCUCUCCAUCAGAUGGAGUUGGUCUGUCAUUGUGGCGACAUCCCUCCUAUUGGUCAGGUGCUACAGAGGGACGGGAAGCUUCUCAUACACACCAUCCUGGAGGUAACCAACUGUUAUCUCUGUUAGUGUGUGGGAAAGAAAUACCCUCACGAGUAGGACAAGACUGCAGUCAGGUGACUCAGUCCUCCAGACCAGGGGUACUAGGACCCCUGUACUUGGACUAUCUACAAGGGGUACUUGAGAAGACUCAUGAGACCAUAGGCUUACUGGUAAAAUACAAAUGAGGGGGUACAGUUGGUGGUACAGUAACUGAAAAAGGUUGGGAACCACCACUCUAAGAACAAUAGUGGCCAGUGAAUGGGUAUAAUUAUGUUUCAGUCAGUGCUCACCCUUUGGAUUCUUGUUACGUCUUUCUCUCCCUCUGUGUCAUCACCAGACGGUUGGAAGUCAGUCUCUCUGCUGUCUGACAGAGCACUUCUCUGAGGUGCUUUUCUGUCUGAACAGACAUUGCCCCGCGCUGCUGGCCCAGUGGCUGAAGGAAGGACUACAUGUCCCAGGGUUCCCCUCUGCCCAGGUCUCCAUGGAGCAGAAGGACACCUUCAGCCAGCAGCUCCUCGGGUAGCCUACACAUCCAUUCAUACACUAAUUUGGCAUUCCAGGAUCUUUGUAGUCACACUGCUCUGACUUCCAGAUCUCACAGUGGCAGAUUAGUUUAAUGUCUCAGGAACAAUAUCAAUAUGUAGCAAUCCUCUGAGAUGCGCAAAUGGCUAUGUACCUGUUUGAACCCUUUUCUGACAUAUUCAGACACAUCUAAUAUCUCAUUCACCCUAUUUUUCCCAGGGAACAGACAAACAAGCGGCGUGUUAAGGAGAUAGUGAAGGAGUUCUCUCUGUUGUGUCGAGGUCUGCAGGGCACUACUGGCUACUCUGCAGAUUACUAGUGUGGCUGCAGUCCUCACCUUGUCUGAACCAAGACAAGACCUCCCGAGGCCCAGGACCUGUUCAGGGGAACCCAGAGGGAUGGUGUCCCCCGACUAGGACUUUGUGUGCAUUGGAGAAACGUUAUGCUUUAGGAGCACUCACAUGGCUGCAGUAGUGUGUAUUCUGUGAGGGGGG